CAACAGUGAAAUCGAUAUUUUGGCCGUUAUGCACAUGCGCCUGUUUCACACCCUGGUGCUCCUGCCAAACCCGUUAGCAUACCUAAAUAAUAACAUAUUAGAAGCAUAAUCAGCCAGGAAUUAUUGCCUAAAACAAUGACCACACAAACAGGCGGGGCUUCGGACUUGGACACGGAAUCUGUGGAGGUUUUGCGGGAACGCUUGAGUACCAUGAAGCGUUUGAUGGCAGAGCGUACGGCACAGCAACAGAAUAAUCCAGCCUCAACCGAGGAAAUCUUUUCCACAAAACGCCAUCGCUCUGCUGGCAUUAUUGAUGGCAAUUUUCUGAGCAUCGCAUUUGGAGGAGCAUUGCUUGUUAUUGUAACGGUUUCAGUUUAUGCAUUCUACAAUCUAUAUCAUGCCAUCCUAAAGAAGUUUCCCUCCCGUCACGAAGAGUUGUAAUUUGCUAUUUCUGUGCAUUUAAUAAAUACGUGUUUGUGUCUGCCAAAGAAAAUGAAACUCGUUCGUUUUUAUUUGCUGUUUUGCAUUCGGUUAAAUUAACUAUUUAUUGAAAUUUGUUGUUCUUUCUUAAUUACAAUAAUCAUUACUUUUUCAUAUGCAUUUAUUUAUCUUCGUAUAAAAACUGAAUGCAAAGGGACAGCAAAGUGGAAUAUUAUGACUUUAGGUAAAAAGAACCAAACAAAAAUCAAUAAUAAAAAUUAAAAAGGAACACUGAAAGAUUCUGCUGAUCUGGCAGGGAGAACACAAAAAUUGAUGGAGGAAAUCAAAUUGAGAACAUCUACGAAUAACACAUCGAUAUAUCAUAUUUUGUUGUCGAGAUGAUUACUUUUGAUUUUGCUUACUCGCUAGCUACAAUUCAAAAUGUUACCCUAUAUGUAUGUAGAACCAUUUGUAUUUAAUUCAUUAUCCUUUAGUUGAUCCGUUUU